AUGCCACUUUCGUACCCAAAGGGCUUUAUUGUCACGAAUUGUAGAAAAACAAAACAAAUGGAAAAUGAUCUUAAUUUAAAAUUUUUAGCGCUAGGCGAUUCAGGCGUAGGAAAGACUUGUCUGUUAAAUCAAUACGUUGACGGAAAAUACAAUGGAAAACUAGCUCCAACAGUGGGUAUUGAUAUUCGAGAAAAAUCAUUUCAAUACAUAUCAGAGAAAUGUUCGCCUCUAAAAGUUUGGGAAAUACAUUUACAACUAUGGGAUACUGCAGGACAAGAACGUUUUCGUAGUUUAACAUCAACAUUUUUUCGUGAUGCAAUUGGUUUUUUACUUGUAUUCGAUUUAACAAAUGAAAAUUCAUUUUUAAAUGUUCGCGACUGGAUUACCCAACUUCAAAACAAUGCUUAUACAACUGAUCCAGAUAUGAUUAUCAUCGGAAAUAAAAAAGAUUUGAUAAAUGAACGUGUAGUUGAUCAAGUAAGAGUCCAACAAUUCGCCCAACAAUAUAACAUUCAAUAUAUUGAAACAAGUGCUCUUGAAAAUAUAAAUAUUACAGAAUCAAUGGAACUAUUGUUAGAUAAUGUUAUUAUCAGAAUGGAUAAAAAUAAAGAUUUGAUAAAACAAAAUCCAUUUAUAAAAGCAAACUCGAGUAUUAUACUCACAAAUGGUAAUAUGAGCAAUUAUAAUAAUGAAAAUCAAAAGCAUCAACAUACAUCAUACUACGAAAAAAUAAAAUUGUGUUGUAAUUAA